CAGCUGCUGUGUCGUUCUAGCUGAGGCAAUUACCCGGAAAAGAAAAAAAAAACAUCAGUUUGGGCUUAGGGUUUUAAGAAAUACCCAAAACCCAGCCAUCGUUAUCAUCUUCCUCAUCGGCAGCUCCAGCUCUCCAUCUGCCACUGCGUUUCUGGUUCUUCAGCUCAGGGUUUUGCAGGUGAAUGAUCAGCGUGUGAGAAAGUUGAAGUCAGAGAAAACGGAGAGAAAUGGCAAGCCAAGCAGCUACCUCUUUUAAUGGCAACUUGAAGAAAGCUCUUGCCGGCCUGAGGCGUAUUGAUCUUGAUGGGUUGCGGUGGAAAGUAUUCGAUGCGAAAGGCCAGGUUCUUGGAAGACUAGCAUCUCAAAUAUCAACUGUGAUUCAAGGGAAGGAUAAACCAACAUAUGCUCCAAACCGAGAUGAUGGUGAUAUGUGCAUCGUGCUUAACGCAAAGGAUGUUUGUGUCACGGGGAGAAAACUAACCGAUAAGGUUUAUCAUUGGCAUACUGGGUAUAUAGGUCACCUCAAGGAAAGGACUUUAAAGGAUCAGAUGGCCAAGGACCCUACGGAAGUCAUUCGCAAAGCUGUAUUACGCAUGCUCCCAAGGAACAAAUUGCGUGACGAUAGAGAUAGAAAGCUGAGGAUAUUUGUUGGUGGUGAACACCCCUUUGGUGAUCGGCCCCUUGAACCGUAUCUGAUGCCCCCUCGGCAAGUUAGGGAAAUGCGACCCCGUACAAGACGAGCCAUGGUCCGAGCUCAGAAGAAGGCUGAACAGCAACAACAGGAUGUUAAUGAUCCACGUAGGGGAAAAAGGAAGGAUAGACCCGAAGUGAAUGCAUGAAGAAUUAUUUGAGGUUAUUUUCUUAUCUGAAGGUUAUCAGGGGGCCUGAAUCAUUCAGAGUAUAAAUUUAACAGACGGAUGAGCUGAUUUCACAUCAGCAAGGAGGCACAUUGUUUGUCUUUACGACAUCAUUCCGAACAUUUUCUGUAUCGUACUCUGUUAUUUUGUAGACAGCAUAUGGUUAUUUUGAAUCUUAUUGGUAGAUCUUUGGAAAAAUAAAAUUAGACUAGUCAUAAGCUUUUAAGACAUCUAA